AUUUUACAAUGCUGAGCCAAAUGGGAACCUGUGCCUGUUGGUAUGGAUCGCUCAUGUUCUCUAAGGCGCUCGUUAACACAGCGGCCUGACUGCCCUACAUACACUUUGCCACAUGACAAGGGAAUCUUAUAAACCACACCGACGCUGCAAUCUACAAACUUCGCGUGGUUCUUUUCUCAAUCUGGUUUUUUACUUGCUUUAGAAAUACGUAGAGGGUACGAGCGACAAUAUUUGACGUCAUUAUGAUCACCAUCAGUAUGCGAUAUGUGGGCAGCGGUCGAGGACUGACCAAUCCGCCGAUGCUCUAGACCUGCAAGAAGACCGCGGCGAGCGCGACACAGGUCGCAGCCUUCGCAAGCGCUCGAUGUGACCACUAUGACGUCAUGAGCAGGACUGACUCAAUGGCCCUCUCUGGGCGUCCUUCUUCACUGACUGCCGAUGUUGCCGUGGAGACGACGCGGAGGCGCCAGGCCAACGCUCCCUUGCUGGUUUUCGCGGGACUGUCCCUGUGCACCUUCGUGGUGACGGCCGUCACUCCGCCGCUGGCCUACGCCGUGUCCCUGGUCGGCCACCUCGCCUUCGCCAUCGCGAUCGGCUUCUGCCUCAAACGCCACCUGACGGCCAGCUUCGGCGGCAGGCUACCGGUGACCGGCAGGGCGGUCUUCGUCACAGGAUGCGACACGGGUCUCGGGCAGGUGAUCGCACUGGGACUGCAGCAGAAGGGCUUCGUUGUGUUCGCCGGGUGCUUGGACCUCACCUCGGAAGGCUCGCGCAACCUCAUGUCCCACUCCAUCACCGUACUCCACGUGGACUACCUCAAGCACAACACUUUAGUCAGAGCCUACGAAGACGUCAAGGAACGCCUCAACGGGAAAUCUCUUUGGGGUGUCGUGGCGAAUGCCGGCGUGGCGUGCUACGGCGAAAUGGAGUGGAUACCUUUCAAAGAAAUGCAGCGGGUCAUCGACAUCAACAUCCUCGGCACGCUGAAGUUCGUCAUGCUCGGCCUACCGCAAAUCAAGAAGAGCAACGGCCGCAUUGUUUUCGUUACUGGGUUGCAAGGCAGGGUCGCUAUUCCUGGAAUGGUGAUCGGAUCAGCAACUACAGCUGCCCUGUGCCACUACGCAGACGGCCUACGUCGAGAAAUGGCCAAAUUCAACGUCCAAGUGUGCACUAUUGAACCGGCAUUUUACAAGACUCAGAUGACAGACCCAACGGAGGUCACGCAGGCUCUCAACGAAGUCACUCGUCGGCUGCCCAACGUGGUCCAGGAGGAGUACGGAGCCGCCUACCUGGACAGCUUCAAGUUCACCUUCGCCAAGAGGCUGAGGCGGUUCUCGCGUCAGAACUUCCAGGAGGUGUCCACCGCCGUCGCCCAUGCGUUGCUGAGCAGCGAGACGAACGUGCGCUACUGCUGUAGCGGGAUGCGCCAGUCGCUCACCUGGGCCGUCCUCGAGUUCCUGCCGCUCAAGAUUUGUGACUUCUUCCUCAUCCUGCAGUUCGCGCCCCGGGUCGCGCUCGCGGGCAACAUCCGGGUGAGAAACGUCAUAGUCCAGCCGCUGCCCACCGACGACACUGCCCUGACGGGCAGCGAUAACAAACCGCAGGACCACAUGGAGACCGUUCAGCCCACCUUGCAGACGCCGCCGAUCUUCAAGCCGAACUACCAUUUGUAGAAGGACGCUCGGAGAAGCGCGCACUCCUUUGGACAAGCCUUCACAGCUUUGGCGCGCGGCUACUUCUCGAUUCGUAUUCUUGGAUGACGCUGAACGCCUCGAUCACGCGCACGGUGCAUGAAAGUUAGUGUCCAUCGUACGUCUGAACCUCCAGGAGCAUGGUACGUGAUGGAAAAUGUGACACGCUGGGGUCUAACAAAAAGUCCCUGCGUGUUGUUCUUGGUGCAAAUGUGGCUUUACCAUUGGAUGCACUGCGUGUGGCUAGAGCCUGGAAAUGAUAAAGAAAAAGUUAACAUGAAGCAAGCCUCAGCAGGUCUCACUCAUAAUUUCUCGUUAAUUAUUUUUUUAUUUCCCGUACAAUAAGCGCGAGAUCUUAAAAUAAACGUGCACGCGGGGUUCUUUUCUUUUUCUUUAACUUGGUGCUCGUGCGAUCAGGAGCAGAUUUUGCGUACGUUAACAGAAAGCAAGAUCACAGAACUCGGGUCAAGAUAUUCCAGCGGCUCUGCUUCUCAACAUAUGUAGAUAUUCCAUCUAAGUGGUGCAACUUCCCAGUCAUACCGUUGCGCUGCGUAGGCGAUGGCAAGGCUACACACCUGAAUCUUAACGGCACUGCCUUGGCGAGGGGCUUGUUAUACCGUCAAGGAACAGCCCUUGUGCAACAAGGUAAGUAUCCUCCAAAGCAUUUAGAAAGAGACACACAAAAAAAAGCCUUUCAAAGACCUCCUUUUCCAUUACGUUCACCUUCUGUUCGCCCAAGUAGCCACAGCAGCAGGGCCACUGUGGUGCCAUUGGGGUCAAUGUCCGGCCAAUGUGACCUCGAGCUGUCUCUUAAGUGACCCAGCAUUCAGUGCCUCUAGAGUCACUUUCUAUAACGCGCAACAGAUUUUCAGUAACUCCUGUGGAGUGUCAAUGAGAGGGAAACAAUGCGAUUCGCCAAGGCAUACGAAUUCCGACCAGAACCAGCUCGCCUCGGCUGACCUAAACGGCAGCCAGCGUAUAAUGCAACUGCCAAAUCUUAGCAUCAAGAGAAAUUCACGUGAAUUGCGUUAGAA